GGCGGUGGAAGGCGAAGCUGCCGCUUCAGGGCUCCGACUCUGGACUGGAGCGCGGAGUCAUCCUCACAGCCGCUGCUACUCCUGCUGUAGCUGGUCAGGUGGCAUUCAGCAUCACCGUUUUCUUCAGGCAUCAUUGUCGUCAUCACAACCAUCACCAACAUCAUCAUCUUCUCCUCCAUUCAGAACUCUAGUUCCCUGAAGGCCGUCUCUGUUCCUCUAUGCAGCCCGGUUGCGGGAGAGGACUGUCAGCUGCCUGUUCUGCCUAGCCCCCAUCACAUGCCUCCCCACUGGAGCUGACCACAGACCAGCAUCUCCACAGCAUGAAUAAUUAGGUAGGCAUAAUGGAAGGCACUCACUGCACCCUCCAGUUGCAUAACCCGGUCACUGAACUCUGCUAUAUCAGCUUCUAUCUUCCGAAGGGGGAAGUCAGAGGAUUUUCGUACAAGGGCACUGUAACUCUAGACAGAUCCAAUAACGCUUUUCAUAACUGCUACCAAGUCAGGGAGGGGCCAGACAUCACCAGCCUCAGCCAGCAGCCGAACGAACAUCCCGGGGACAUAUUUUUCAAACAGACUCCCACGAAAGACAUUCUGACAGAGCUAUACAAGCUCACAGCAGAGAGGGAGAGGCUGCUGGACAGUCUGCUGAGGUCAGAGCACAUCCUGGGCAUUUCAAUGGGGAACCAGGAAGGGAAUUUGCAGGAGCUGUCUGUGAGCCUGGCUCCCGAGGAUGACUGCUUCCUGAGUGCUGGCAACCGGAGCAGGGAGCUCCCUGUGAACUCGCUCAUUAGGAGGAGCACCCAAGGGAGCAAAAAGCCCCGGAGGUCUGGCAGGAGGAGAGAGAGCCCUGAGGAGCUCCGGCAGAAGAGAACCAGGAGGAAAGGGCGUGGCCGCCAGGAAUCAGCUCCUCCGAUGGGGAAGGACCAGGUCUGUUCCAGUAGCUCCCUUCCUCCUCCCCGAGUUAGGCCUAAUCUUCGACUCCUAGAAGAAAGAGGAAACUUAGUUCCUCAGGAAACACUUACCUCUUCCCCACGGAGGAGGAGAGAGAGCUGCCCUGCCAGCAUCCUCAGGACACCAGAUGCAGACCUGGGCUUCGGGAGCUCUGGGAAGACCUCAGAGGACACCGAUCUUGAAGGACCUCUGUCCCCUGACAGCAGCCUCGCCGAGGUAGGAGAUGCAGACAUAGGAAGGCAGCUCAAGAGUCCUCGGGAGCAGGAGCCUCCAAGUUUGCCUGAAAGGCAUGAGAAACAUCCAGGGGCAGAGAGGGGUAGGGCUCUGAAGCCAAAGUCAUUGGAAAGGACUUGCAGAAAGAAGCCUGUUUCCAAAGUGGUGGCCAAGGUCCAGGAGCCGUCUGCUCGUGUCCAAAGAGUAGUUAGGGCUCAUCCUGAUGGUGAGGGAAGGGUUGCCUUUUGCUCAGAGAUCCAAACUGAGUUUAUCCCUAAAGCUGACUUCCUCAUCCUCUCAGGAGCUAAGGAUGAGAUUCAAAGUUCCAGGAGACUGGGGGAGGAGCAGCGAAGGGUCAAGUCACUGCAACCCUUGGCAGCAGAAAGAGCCUCCAUUCCCAGGGAAGCAGCCAGCACCGAGGGGGCUGUGAACAAGGUUCUACAAAAAGUGAUAGAGAGCGAGAAGUUAGAUGAAGCCACCGAGGGGAAAACACUAGGCUUCUCUCUCAACACAAGGGCCACCCGCACUUUCCCAGAAACUAGAAGCCAAAGGAAGACCGGGCUACCCCAGAGCGGCCAUAAAUUCUUGCUUCUGGAUCUGCCCCACGCUGUAGGUCCUGACUCUCCACAACCCAAAUGCGAUGAGAGGAAGCCAAGCCCCCAAGCCCCAACAGCUCUCGGCACGGUAUUUAAUAAUUCAUCGCCUCAGUCCAGCGCACACAAACGGCUGUCACCUGUUCCCUCGCCUCUGUCUCCAAGGUGCCCCAGCCCGCAGCAGCACCACAGGAUCCUCCUGCUUCCUCCACUGCCUAGCGAGGGAGAACCUGUGUUUAAUGAGUGCCCUGGUAGGAAGAACCUUGUCUCCUCUGGGUUUCCCUCUUCUGUCACCUUGGAGCCAUCAUCUUCUACAAAGGUCACGGAGACCAAAGGAGGCACCCCGCCUUCCCUCAGAGCAAGCCAAACUUGGCUGGUAUCUGAGGAAGCACCAGAAAAAAGCUUGAGACCAGAGGAGAUCACGGCCCCACCUCAGUACCAGCCACCACCAGGCAUCACCUCCGAAGGCUUUCCCUGUGACAGCUUCAAUGAGCAGACAGCGAACGAUCUUCCCAAUAAGGAUGGAGGUGCUUGGGUCCUGGGUUACAGAGCCGGACCACCCUGCCCAUUUGUGCUCCACGAAGAAAGAGAAAAGUCAAAUAGAAGUGAACUAUACUUGGAUCUCAAUCCUGACCAGAGCCCCACAGAGCAGGACGACAGGACUCCUGGCAGACUCCAGGCUGUCUGGCCGCCCCCAAAGACAAAAGACACAGAAGAAAAAGUGGGACUGAAGUACACUGAAGCAGAAUACCAGGCUGCUAUCUUACAUCUGAAGAGGGAGCACAAAGAAGAAAUCGAAAACCUGCAGGCUCAAUUUGAACUCAAGACAUUUCACAUCCGGGGUGAGCAUGCAUUAAUAACAGCAAGGCUUGAAGAAACCAUUGAAAAUCUCAAGCAACAGUUAGACCACCGCUGGGGAGGAGGAUGUGAAGAGAUGAGAGACGCCUGCAUCUCCACCGAUGACGACUGCCCCCCAAAGGCCUUCAGAAAUGUGUGCAUCCAGACAGACAGAGAGACGUUCCUGAAGCCCUGUGAAGGUGAAAACAAGGCAACCAGAAAUAACCAGAUAGUACCCAAGAAGUUGAAUAUCUCGUUAACCCAGCUCUCUCCCACAAAAGACAGCAAAGACAGCCAUGCACCUCUUCAGACAGAGGAGGGCAUCUUGUCUAGUCAGCAGAAGAAAUCACCUCCUCCCUCCAUACCUCCUCCUCCUCCCAUCCCUCCCCCUCCACCUCUCCCCACUGGACUUGGACCUUUGCCACCACCAGCACCACCCAUAUCACCUGUGAGUGCUGGGCCACCACCACCACCUCCUCCACCUCCUCCACCACCUCCCUUGCCACCAAGUGCUGGACCUCCGCCACCUCCUCCCCCACCACCACUCCCUAAUGUGAUGGCUCUCCCUAACAGUGGGGGGCUUCCUCCUCCUCCCCCUCCUCCUCCUCCCCCAGGACUUGCACCCCCACCUCCUCCUGGACUCUCCUUUGGACUCAGCUCUUCUUCUAGCCAGUGUCCUCGUAAACCAGCCAUCGAGCCCAGCUGUCCCAUGAAGCCUUUGUAUUGGACUAGAAUACAAAUAAGUGAUAGGAGCCAAGAUGCCACACCAACUUUAUGGGACUCCUUAGAAGAACCUCACAUCAGGGACACCAGUGAGUUUGAAUAUUUAUUCUCCAAAGACACAACUCAACAGAAGAAAAAACCCCUGUCAGAGAGCUAUGAGAAGAAGAACAAAGUCAAAAAGAUCAUCAAGUUAUUGGAUGGAAAACGAUCUCAAACUGUGGGAAUCUUGAUAUCUAGUUUACAUUUAGAAAUGAAAGACAUCCAGCAGGCCAUAUUUAACGUGGAUGACUCUGUGGUUGACCUAGAGACCCUGGCAGCCUUGUAUGAAAAUCGAGCCCAAGAAGAUGAACUGACUAGAAUAAGCAAGUACUAUGAGACCUCCAAAGAAGAAGACUUGAAGUUGCUGGACAAACCUGAACAGUUCCUGCAUGAGUUAGCCCAGAUUCCCAAUUUUGCUGAGCGUGCCCAGUGCAUAAUCUUCAGGGCUGUGUUUUCCGAAGGUGUCACUGCCUUACACAGAAAAGUAGAGAUUGUCACACGAGCCUCUAAGGGCUUGCUGCACAUGAAGAGUGUGAAAGACAUCCUAGCUCUCAUCCUGGCUUUUGGAAAUUAUAUGAACGGAGGAAAUAGGACUCGAGGGCAAGCAGAUGGAUAUGGUUUAGAAAUUCUCCCCAAACUCAAAGACGUCAAAAGCCGGGACAACGGCAUGAACCUGGUGGACUAUGUCGUGAAGUAUUAUCUGCGGUACUAUGAUCAGGAAGCUGGAACAGACAAGAGUGUUUUCCCGCUACCUGAACCACAAGAUUUCUUUCUGGCCUCCCAAGUCAAGUUUGAAGACCUCGUAAAAGAUUUGAGAAAACUGAAGCGACAACUGGAAGCAAGUGAGCAACAGAUGAAGUUGGUGUGCAAGGAGUCCCCGAAGGAGUAUCUGCAGCCUUUCAAGGACAAGCUGGAGGACUUCUUCCUGAAAGCCAAAAAAGAGCACAAAAUGGAAGAAAGCCAUUUGGAGAAUGCACAAAAAAGCUUUGAAGCAACAGUGGACUAUUUUGGAAUGAAACCAAAGACUGGAGAGAAGGAGAUCACCCCCAGCUAUGUGUUUAUGGUGUGGUUUGAGUUCUGCAGCGACUUCAAGACAAUUUGGAAACGUGAGAGUAAGAACAUAUCGAAAGAAAGGUUGAAGAUGGCUCAGGCAUCUGUCAGCAAACUGACAUCAGAGAAGAAAGUGGAGACAAAGAAAAUCAAUCCCACUGCUAGUCUGAAAGAAAGACUGCGUCAGAAGGAAGCCAGUGUGUCCACCAGCUAAGACGAACACAGAAGGAAAGCUCAGGGCGAGAGGACGCAGACCAGUGCUCCUUUAGACACCAGUGCCAAGGGGAGCUCCCGACAGAUCUGUUACAGAACAUUUGCUUUGCUUAUCUCCUUCGGAGGUCGUCUGCAGGAAGUACCCUGUGCCGCCUUUGAGGGGUCCCAGUGCUAUGUAUGGGAAUAUUACAGGAAUAUCUGAUAAUUGUUUCUUAUAGAAAUUCAAAGCCCAUGCUAUAAAAGAAUCAGAAGAUGUACCAAAAUUUUUUGCAUUUUAGUUUAUGCUGAAUUUCUAAGCUUCCCAGUGUAUAAUCAUCAUGGAAAAAGAGGUACCUCUUUUGUGGUGAUUGCCAUGAAAGAACUCAAACCUUGUUCCUCACACAUUGUGGGUUUUUGCUUUGUUUUGUUUUGUUUUUUAAUAUUGAUCUUAAUCUUGACCCAGCUGUACCAAGAUCCUAUGGCAUUUUCAACAAAAAUGUUGAAACUUACUAGAACUGUUUUUGAAGAGGUUUAACACUGUGUAUCUCACAGACUAGGGAAAUGAUUUUUGAUAAUGACAGUUACGAUAUAAUGAAAAGGAAAAAGAUUAAGAUUUCCCAUUGGUUGAGAGAGAGAAAGAGAGAGAGUAAUAGCCAUAAACCACAUCCUGGAGACUAAGUUAUGAUGCUAAGAGCAAACAUUGGCCAUUGAGAUCGCCUCACACAGCUAGCACGGCUUCCUGGCCAGUAGAGAUUCUGUACCAACUUCUAUUAGAAACAGGGCAGGACAGACUUGGAUCGAGUGUCCACCUGGGCAAGGGACCAUGUGGCUUCAGAUCCACCCUGGACCGUGAAUGAGUGCUAAGCAGACAGACAGAUGAGGUUACAUUGUACUCCACCACUUGCUGCUUGGUCUCUUCCACCAUUCCCAAGCAGUUCCCAGACAGCAGAGCAAAUGUCUACUUUCAUCAUGGCCUUAACUCAAAAGCAUGUGAAGGAAGGGACCAGGGACCAUUUGCUGUCCAAAAUGUGAUGGUCAGAAAGAAGUUCUCUACUGUAAAGUACAAGCAAGGUGGUUGUGUUAGUACUAACCUCUGAAUGGACUGUCGGGGGCAGGCUGUGUUUUCUCACUCUGGCCCUUAAAUCAGGGAGAAAAGCCUCCUGGGACCCUUUUCCUACAUUUUUCUCCCCAAGACAACUGCUGUUUGAAUUUCCCUGGUGAGAAAACAAGAGGACUGGGCAUGAACUGAGGGUUGAAUUGAAGACUGUGUUCUUAAGCCUUGAUGUAAUGAAGGACUGUGCUUUUCUUCUCUUGGUUGAAACAGUCUAGAGUUACUCAGAAUCUUGCAUCGCUUGCUGAUCUGGCUACCUCUGGCUGUCUUGUGGGGCCUGCUUCUUGCCUCAGCAACUUUCUCGAACCUUUGAACUUGCCAGAUACCUUAAAUGUCUUCCUGGAAUCUGCCUGCCAGUCUUCACCCCCCCCCCACUCAGGGACACUCUGAGAAUAGAUGCAAGGUAAUGAAAGCGUCACCAUAGCCAGGCACAGUGCAAACCGUGUGAAGCAAGAGUAGCUGGCACCUACCAAGUCACGGUUGCCACAUCCAUGCAGGUGCUAAUUGUCUUUCAGUGGCCCGAAGGAAGGGACGUGGUCACAUGGUUUAUUUUAAUCCAAAAGAAAGGGAUGAGACAAAAUAGACAAUCAAAUAAGAAACCUACCAUGAAGAGAAUGCCUUGGCAUCACUGUUCUUUUCCUUUUGCCUUUUGUAUAUUGUUUCUGUUUAUUCUUGCUGUAACUAUAAGGAAGAACAAAGGACUUAACCAACAAGGCAAAUUGCACCUGUGGACAUCCUCUUCUCUGUGGCCUCCUUGUUAGUACUGAAGUGCAAAAGGAAAGUGCAAGUUUGUCUCUACCUCAGGAGCCAUGCCAGCGUUCUGUCUGCACAGCCUACACCUGAUGGGUCCUGGGGAUGGGAUGAGUGGAACAGGAGGUUUUCAGUGGGGUUGAUGCCAUCUCGGGUCUCUAAGACGUUCAUGAGUCAUCCCUGAUGGCACGGUCUCUCUGUCCUUCCAGAAUACAGCAGAUCCUCCAGGCUGUUGGGAACCAGACCAUACUGGGGUGGGGGACGGGGGACAGACUUUUUUGUUUUCUAAUGUCUUAACUCUAUUUUGUAGUACUCCCCCCCAUUUAAAAAGUCAAAGACAAAACCAGCUGGGGUAAGGAUGCUGCAGAGACGGCUCAGUAGUUGAGAGCACAUACUGUUCGUAUAGAUGGCCUGAGUUUGGGUUCCAUUGCCCGUGUUGGGUAGUUCACAAUCUCCAUAACUAUCUUGAGCAAUCUGACAUCCUCUUCUGCCCUCCAUGGACACAAUGCACACACAGUCAUACACACACAUACACACAGACAUAUAUAUGUGAGCAUAAUUAAAAAUUAAAAUAAAUCUUAAAAAGCAAGCGGGGACAUGAUACAGCAAGAUACAUGAAAAAAAAUCGAAAGGUAUACUUCCCCCCAAAUAUUUUAUUUAACAAAAUAGUUUAAAUUGUGUUAAAAAUUGCUAGUAGGAAGUAUGGUUUUUUUCCUCGAUUAUCAUUUUUCUUUUAUUUUGCCUGUAUUUAUCAAAGGGGGAAAAAAGUACCAAAAGAUUAUGGGAAACAUGCAUCCAUAGAUUUGGUCAUCUACAAAUAAGUUCAAUUAUUGAAUCAUAAAACAGGAGCAUACUAUGAAAUCCAAAGUGGUAGGAGUCCUGACUAAGCAGGUAUGAAACCAAAUGGCUGUGACGAGCAGCCACAAAGCUGCCAGCCAUCUGCCUGGAGCCGCAGCUUGUGUCAGGCUGUCUUUACAGUGCAUUUGAAAGAGUCGAGAUUGUCUCCAAAAAGUCGCGUAGAGAAAGGCACGCAUUCUAGAGCCGGAUGUGGUCUGUCCUUCCUCUGGAUUCCCCUGACUGGAGUUUAUAAGUAAGUAGACUAUCAGAAGACCAUGAAUAUCAAAAUCCAUAGUUUAGCUCGUGUAGCUUGAGGGACCCUGCAGCAGGUGAACUGAUCUGUCACCCAGGUUAGCUACUUCAUCUGCAUAAGGACAUCUGCAGUGCAGGUGAACCGAGUCUCUUGCCAAACUGAUUUAGAGUUCUGAAGGAAAUUUACGUCUCACAAAAGGGAGAGAGCAUCGGACAAGUUUUCAUCUUCCAGCAAUGGAAAGCCACUUAGAAGCUAUGACUGAUACAGAACGGACCUAAAGAAAAGCACCCCCAAAACUCAAUUCUGCAGCUCUUCCCCUCUAGUCUUACACAAUUGUUCUUAAUGCUGGUGGCACUCGGAUCCAGGCACAACCAGGCUCAAUUUCACAGCUGUGUGUGACCAAGCUACUUCCCUCAUUCCUGCUUCCCCGUCAGCUGUUGACACCUUGUAGGGAACCCUCAUUAUGAAUUUCACCCUUCUUCACUCCCCUCCACAAGGAUGGGCAAUCUCCCAAACUCCCUCAAGAUAACACUUGGCGGGAAAGUGGAGAAUCUGAAAGAGUCUUGGCGCAUUUCACACGGAACCAGCUCAGUAGCCUCCUUUGUUGCAGUUCAAUGCCUUGUAUCACACUUGGGGAAUUUGAAUGCUGACUGUCUCUUCAGGUGUCAUCAGGUUUCAAAAAAAAAAAAACUAGACAAGCAAAAGAAGCCAUAGGCUGUCCUCAAGCAGAACUUAUUGGCCUCCAUUUGUACUCUGUCCUAGCCCAGUCCAUCUUCAGACACCCUAGAGAUGACCAGUGCCGUUGAGGCCUUUUAUUCUCUGCUUUUCUCUUUGUUUCAGUCUUUCGCUCACACGAACCCUACACUGUGUUCCACAUUGUUGUUAUCAAACACGCGGUCUGAAGAAGACUGACCUAACUUCAGUUAUGUCUUUGUUUUGCUGUUUUGCUCAUCUGUGUUGUUUUUCUAAGGAACAAAUUAAGCCUACAUACUCCAUACACUACAUACCUCACACUACGCACUCUGUCCUCAGAUAAUUUUCGACUUAUGCACACAAGGAAUCUACUGGAGUCUGAUUCGACCGCUUCCGUGCUUACAUGGUAUUUUUUCAUGGCUCCUGUGAAACAUGACGGCCCUGGGCUGUCAAAACACAAACGUGUCAGUAGGCUCAGGCAGAAAUGAACACCCCAGGGAACAGACAGGCUCUACCACACUCAAUAGGGUUGUCACCUAGGCUGAGUGUCAUCCUUAGAACUUCUUGUGUCCCCCACCUCAGAAGCUGCAAAAAUGUCUUAGAGAGAAUGUUCAUCCCGUAAAUAGUGUAGGUUUCCAAUGAGUUAUAUUUAUAACAGUAAGAAAUCAAGUGUAUACCAGGAGCUAUUUGUCAAAGUCAUGCCUGCUCUCCUCCACUGUUGUCUUCCAGGGUUUUCUUCAACUUCCACCUUAUAAUGCAAGGUAUUUUUAAUUGUUCACCUAAGUUGGCUUCCCUACUUGAUAUUUCUCAAACAAAAGCCCAGCCCUAUAGACCACUGAGCACCCGGGGAAGUUACUCUGCCUCACCAUAGCAUGACUGGUAGAUUUCAAAAAUGAACAACUCUGGGAACCCAUGGAAUGAAUUUUAAUUCUAGUCUAUAACCUUAAGGUGUGAAAAGGUGCGUAGGGCGUGCACAAAUUGUCCUGCUCUCCCGUUGAAGGGCCAAAGAGCGUUUAGAAUACUUACAUUGUAGGGAUGUUUUGUGAGCUACAAAUAUCUUUUUUUUCCUCAUUUUUAGAAGGAUGUACUUAUUUUUGCUUUAUGUGUAUGUUUGUCCGUCUACAUGUAUGUAUGUGUACCACCUGUGUGCCCGGUGCAGAAGCUAGUAGGAGGCUGUUAGAUUCUCUGGAACUGGAGUUACAGACAGUUGUGAGCCACCACAUGGAGGCUGGGAACCGAACCUGGAUCCUCUGCAAGAGCAGCAAGUGCUCUUAACCAUUUCUCCAGCCUCCUUUUCCUACCAGCUCUUUCUAGAUACAACCUAAGUUUUUCAUGUCUGACCAUCAGUCUCAAUAGUGGUUCCCCACAGAGCCGAGAAGGCAUUCACUACUCUUGGAAACAAAUCCAAGUCUUGAAGUGAUUCCAUCUGCAGUGAUUUGAAUAGAGUUUGUGAAGUCUACCAGAGGCACAGGUUUCUUUUAAAAUCAUUAAUUUUAUAAUUCUACUAUUUUCCAACUUCCUGGGACACAAAUACCAUGCCUCACUGGCCCACUGACCACUGUGUGCGUAAUCUUUGAGGAUUAUGUGAUUUAAGGGAAAAGGGUUUCCCUUUAAGGGAACAAUCUAAGAUAGUCUCCGAAAGGCAGAGCGUUUACAAAUUAGACCCUGGCUAAUUUUUAAGAGCCUUUAGUGGAAGCAUGUCAUCAAUUCAUCACAGUGUUUUCCGUCUGUGAGUUAUAAUCCAGACUAGUGUGGGAAGCAGGCUCACUGGACUUUGAUUUAGGGAUCAUGUUUUUUUUUGCCUGGAAAAUAAGCUUUGGCCUGCAUGUCUAGAAACUCUCUGAAAUCAGUUAGCGUCCUAAUAUGAGUCAGAUGCCACAGAAAUGUAAGUCGCUUUAACUCAUUUAUGGUUUGGCUUGGUUUGGUUUCGUUUUCUUAGCACCACCAGGGAUCAUGGAAGCUGCUUCCUAAGAUUCCCGUGGACUUUUGCAGUAUCUCCCGUCCACCUUCUGGGAUCUCAAGCAGUAGGGGAUGACAGAGGAAAACCAGGAAACAGGAGAGAAGAAAAACUGAACAAGUCCAGUGCAGUGUUUUUGCAUAUCCUUUGCCAUGAUAGUACCAGGGGCAUUUUUAAUAGAAAUGUAGGCCAUUUGUAGUAGGCAAAUAGGAGUGUCCCUUGUUGUUAUACAGCUCAAUGACAGACUUUGUGCUGACCCAUGUUCAGCUCAGUAAUGUCCAGCUUCAGAUUCUGCUACGAGGGUGACUUGCCCAAGGACCUUUCUGUGUCCUCUACCUGCUCACAAGCCACAGCAGCAGCUAGCAUCAUCUCGCUUUCCUCCAUCCCAUGCUUCAUCUUCACCCUUCACUUCCUCCCCACAUCAUAGCCCCUCUCCUCCGAAGGGACCUCCGCAGCUCCUCCUGGACCCAACUACUCUGUCCUCUCCAGCACAGACACUGAAUGCCCCUCAGCCCUCUCACGCCCUGUGCUUCAGCCUCCAGUGUUUGGACAGAGCACUACUGUCACCAAGGAGCCUGUGUGAGUAAGACACACUGCUGAGACUGCCUCUUGUUAAUGUCACCAUCACCUCAUCACUUAGGCAAAGAGGGGGAAAAUCCAUAAAAGAGGUGGAAAAUGCAUUUCUUUUUUCAUUUCGUUCUGCUUUAUUAAAAAGGAUGGGUGUUCUAGUUCUUGGUCUCUCGCAGAGUUUUAAACUGUCUAAUUAGAGAAGACUUUUGAUCCGUCGGAGCAGCUAUGACCAGACGAAAUCUUGGGCUCUCAGCUUUCUGUACCGCAGAACAAAUUGACCUCUGUGCAAACAUUUUGAACCCUAAGACUUCUUAUUGCCACUCCAUUCUUACUAUUGCUCAUGACUCAAGCAUCUACUACAAUCUGAACUGGGAUGUUGACAUUUUGUGGUUCUUUUCAGAUUAAGAGUAACUGUUAUGCUCUUAAAAGCACUUGUAGAAAUGCAAGCAUGUCCUGCAGAGUUGAUUGUUUUGCCAUGAUAAAAUCUGGUAAAAUCUGGAAAAAUCCAGCCUUUCUAUUCAAAUAUUAGACCAAUUCAUAAGGUGUAACUUUAAGGAAUUUUAACCAAUAAAAUAAAGAUAGCUUUGGGAGGGAGAAGCACUUUAUAGACAUGAAACCUUAUAUUACAUGUUCUUGGAUGUUUUUAAGCAUAAUAAGCUAACUGAAUUUGGGUAUUUUCCCUUUCAGUUAAAAAUAGUAUGUAUUUCUAAUUGCAUAUUUAAUUUUGUCAACCAACACAGAGAAAUGUUCAUGAGUUGAAUCUGUAAAUGUAAUUUGCAACCAAAUGAAGUAUUUAUUUUUAAAAAGAAAAGGUGAAGGAACCAACAUUGACUUGUACAUAAUGAAAAUAUGUGUGUAUAUAAUUUUUUUCCUUCUUGACACUACUUGAUCAUUAUAUCAAGUGUAUUUUUGUACAUAAUAUAUAUUGGUUAGAAAAAUUUAGAUUGUCUAUUGAAAGAAAUUCUAUCCCUGUGAUAGAUUAUAUUUAUCCUAAUCUAUUGAUAUUCUGUUAAUUUGUUUUAAGAGACAGAACACUAUUUUUUUGAAUUUCCCGAGAAUUGUAUUCACUGCACUACUUGUGAAUAUGUUAAGGGUAUUUUAAUAAAUCUUGGUUUCAUGUCC